AUGAAAUUGACUCAAUCAUUAGUUUUAUUAUUCACAUUAUGUUACACUUCUAUGGCUGCCUGGUAUGAUAAUACAACCAGUCCUGCUAACACAAUAAAUAGAUCUGUUAUAACAUUAUCCCCCACCUACACUGUCCAACCAAUUACUACCACAAUCACAUAUGCUGACCCUACAACUACUUUUUAUGUGACGCAAACCGUUUUCACCACGAUAUAUUACACUCCAGUUUCAACUCCAGCUAUUACUACCAAUGCCCUAUAUUCCCAACCAUCAUCAAGUCUUACUACCAUUACUAGUACAGCUACAUCCACCGCUGUUACUGAACUUGCUUCCACUUAUUCAGACGUCAGUACCACCUACACCUCUACUAUUACCUCCACCCUAAUCUUUUAUCAAACCAUAACUAGAACAACUAAGAAUAAUCUAAAUGUUAAGGACUUGAAGGUGGACUUCACUACCCCUAUAACUACUACUACUGCCAUUGCUACUGCUGAUGGUGAUACUGUAUCACCUAACGCUUCUGCACAACAGUGCACAGAUAUUGUAAAUACAGUGACAGUUACCGAGACUGCUAAUCCAGUCACUAUCACUGUUACUCCAGAAAUUAAAUAUGUUACUGUGACAGUCAGUGCAAACACAAUUGACCAAACCAGUUUAUUUAACACCACUGUAAGAGCUAGCUGA